UAGCUUUAAUCAGCAGAGGAACUCUGGUGGCAGAGGCAAGGGCGGCGGUGGCGCUCCGGCCCCCCUACCUCUUGGUCUUCUUCAUUAUCAUCGAACCAAAGAGCAAGGGUAGUACCAUGACUACACGAUCAGGCAGGCCUUUUAGAGGGAGAUUGACAGAUAAUCAGUGAGAUGAAAUGCUAUUCCAGAGUAUGGAACAGCUGAAUGGUAUAAGCAUCCGAAUGACCACCUUGGAGACUAGAAUUGUUCAAUCACUCAACAAUGCAACAACCCAUGAGCAAGGAGAAGCUGCUAUCGAGGAUCAUGUGGAGAAUGAAAAAGUAGCACAAGUGCAAGUCCCGAAUCCUCCUCCAGCACAUGAAUUACCGGCUGUGAUACCACAACCUCCCAUGCCAGAAUGGGCUAGAGAAGUGCUAGAAAGAGAGUGGUAUGAGACAUAUGAUACGGCCGGAGAUAUCACAAAGAAGGUUAAAAUGGAGGUUCAAGACUUUGAAGACCAUAUUGUACAGAAUGGUGCCUAUUUUCAACCUCCAUUACAUGCUGAUGCUCCACUCAUAGGUGCUAAUGUGAAGCCUACUGAUGUUUCGACUCAGAAAAGCACCCGACCUAUUCCAAAGGUUCCAUCUUCUAAUGCUGCUACUGUCAUGUCUGACACCACGGCACCCACAACCCCUGCAAAAGCUCCAGCAGAUGCAUCCAAGUCAUUUCCUUUUCAGUUUGGUUCAAUAAGCCCUGGUUUAAUGAAUGGAAUGCAGAUACCUGCCCGAACUAGCUCAGCCCCACCAAAUCUAGAUGAGCAGAAACGCGAUCAGGCUUGCCAUGAUCUUUUAAGAGCUGGGUUAACAUUGCCAAUGCCAUCCAUUCCCGUUCCCAAGCAGCAGUUGCCAAGGAAGGAUGCAGGAACUGUUGACCAAUCUAAUACCGAUGAGACUUAUCCAACACCUAAGGUGAAAAGGGGUGUGCAAGUUUCAGCUGCGUCCCAUGUGGUCGAAACUCAGAAGCCUUCUGUACAUACUAUUCCUGGGAUUUCUAUGCAAAUCCCAUUUCACCAGCCACAGGUUCCCAGUCAAUCUAAUACCAGUGAGAGGGAUGUGCAAGUUUUAGUUGCAUCCCCUGUGGUCCAAACUCAGAAACCUUCUGUACAUCCUAUUCCUGGCAGUACCCGUAAAACUGUCAAGAUUACUCAUCCAGACACUCAUGAAGAAUUGAGACUUGAUGGUUCAUCAGGCCAGAGGUCACAGGAUGAUAUUGAUAAGGCGGCCGAGAAUUUUGUGACAUCCACCUUCACAGUGCAGGGUGCCAUAUAUACUAAACCUUCCCCAUCAGCUCUUGAUUUAUCUACAAUUUCUCUGGGUGAUAAGGCUUCAAUCGUGGAUAUUUCUUUAACUGGAAAUGAUGGUAUUUGGACUAAAGAAGUUGAUGGUACAACUUCUGGUAUGCUAGAUCAGCACUCAGCCCGUGCUUCAGUUCCACCUCUUUCAGAAGCAACUUUGAAAUUUGAAGGAGAAGGUGCCGACAAAAUUAGUGCUGGCUUGGUUUCUCUUUCAGCAUUGGGUUCUAAGGAUAAACCCUUGCCCGAGCCAAAUAGAGGAAAGAGUAAUAAGGCUAAACAGAGAAGGCGUAGAAAAGAACUACUCCAAAAAGCAGAUGCUGCUGGUACAACUUCUGAUCUUUACAUGGCAUACAGAGGGCCAGAGGAAAAUAAAGAAACUGUCACCUCCGCAGAAAUUAUGUUAAGCAGCUCCAGCAUUAGUUUGAAGCAGGUAUAUGGUGACUCUUCUCAGGAGGAUGUUGUAUCAAGUCAAAACGUUGAUCAGAGUAAAGCUAAUCCAGAUGACUGGAAAGAUGCUGCUGACAUCUCUACUCCUAAAUUGGAAACUUAUGAUGAGGGUAAGCACAAUCACGGGGGAUUACAACAUCAAGGUGAAGAUGAAAUUGGAGUAAUGGCUAGAAAGUAUACUAGGGAUUUCCUACUGAUAUUUGCAGAGCAAUAUACUGACCUUCCAGAUGGUUUUGAUAUUACAUCUGAUCUAGCGGGGCAAUGUAUUGACCUUCCACAGGUUCCCAGUCAAUCUAAUACCGGUGAGAUUAAUCCAACACCUAAGGUGAAAAAUCACAAAAAAAAAAAAAAAACACCUAAGGUGAAAAGGGGUGUGCAAGUUUCAGUUGCAUCCUCUGUGGUCCAAACUCAGAAACCUUCUGUACAUCCUAUUCCUGGGGUUUCUUUGCAAAUACCAUUUCACCAGCCACAUGUUCCCAUUCAGUUUGGUGGCUCCAGCCCACAAAUUGAGUUUCAGGGUAUGACAGGCACUUCAUUGCCGAUGCCAAUGCCGCUGCAUUUCCAAAUGGGAAAUCUGCCUCGGGUGCAGCAGCCGGUAUUUGUUCCAGGUCUUCAACCCCAUCGAAUGCAAACUCUGGGAAUUAUGCAUCAGGGCCACGGCUUGAAUUUUUCAUCUCCAAUGGGUCCUCAGCUUCCUUCUCAGUUGGGCAAUUUGGGAAUUGGCAUCACUCAACAAUUCUCUCAACAACAGGCAGGCAAUUUUGGCAGUACCCGUAAAACUGUCAAGAUUACUCAUCCAGACAAUCAUGAAGAAUUUAGACUUGAUGGUUAAUUUGGAGAUAUGUUGAGUAUCUUGUCAAAAUUUGUAACUGCAUGCCCUAUAGAUAAAUUUAUAAUAAGAACACUAGUUGGUUCUUGCGAUUCUUCUACCCAUGUUACGAAAUUAUAAAUUGAUUUGCUAUAGUAUGCUGGCACGAAUAACUCGACAAAUACAACCUACUUAUUAAACGACUUUCUUGUGUUAUGUCAUGUUAGUGCUAUAGCCAAGCAUCAAAAAUAU